CGUUUGGUGAAGAUGGCGGACUCGCUGUCGUCAGGUUUGGGAGAGGAGCAGGAGAAGGAGAAGGAGGACAAGGAGCGGGACAGGAAGGCUGCCAAAACGGAGAAGAACAAUGAAAAAGACGGAGUCACGGAGACGUUGGGAUUUAACGAUAAAAAUGGCGGCAAUAAAGGCAAGAAACGCAACCUGUCAGACCUGUCUCUAGUCAGAUUUAUCACGACUGAGCUCACCAGAGGCUACUUCCUGGAACACAAUGAGGCAAAAUACACAGAGCGCAGAGAAAGGGUCUACACCUGCCUCCGCAUCCCCAAGGAGCUCGAGAAGUUGAUGACAUUCGGCUUCUUCCUCUGUCUGGAUGCCUUCCUUUAUGUGUUCACCCUGCUGCCCCUCAGGGUGAUUCUGGCCCUUUUACGGCUCAUCACGUUGCCUUGCUGUGGCCUCAGUGGCUCCCGCCUGCUCCAGCCAGCCCAGGUGUGUGAUGUGCUGAAAGGCUUCAUUAUGGUGCUGUGUUACUCUAUGAUGAGCUACGUGGAUUACUCCAUGAUGUAUCACCUCAUCAGAGGACAAUCUGUCAUCAAACUGUACAUCAUAUACAACAUGUUGGAGGUGGCAGACCGCUUGUUCUCAUCAUUUGGCCAGGACAUCCUGGACGCUCUGUACUGGACUGCGACAGAACCCAAGGAGAAGAAGAGAGCGCACAUAGGCGUGAUUCCUCACUUCCUCAUGGCUGUGCUCUACGUCUUUCUCCACGCCAUCCUUAUCAUGGUUCAGGCCACAACUCUCAAUGUAGCCUUCAACUCCCACAACAAGUCUCUGCUCACCAUCAUGAUGUCGAACAACUUUGUGGAGAUUAAAGGAAGCGUGUUCAAGAAGUUUGAAAAGAACAACCUUUUCCAAAUGUCAAACAGCGACAUAAAAGAGAGGUUCACCAACUACAUCCUCCUGCUCAUUGUCUGUCUGAGAAACAUGGAGCAGUUCUCCUGGAACCCUGAUCACUUGUGGGUGCUGUUUCCUGAUGUUAUCAUGGUGAUUAUCUCAGAAGUUGCCGUGGACGUCGUAAAGCACGCCUUCAUCACCAAAUUCAAUGACAUCAGCGCUGAUGUUUAUGGGGAAUACAGAGCCAGUCUUGCCUUUGACCUUGUCAGCAGUCGACAGAAAAAUGCGUACACAGACUACAGUGACUCAGUAUCCAGAAGAAUGGGCUUCAUUCCGCUUCCUUUAGCUCUGCUGCUGAUCAGAGUCGUGACCAGCUCAGUGAAGAUUCAGGGUUCGCUCUCCUUUAUGUGUGUGCUGCUGUUCUACCUGGGGAUGAUCACUCUGAAGGUGCUUAACAGCAUCGUUCUGUUGGGGACGUCUUGUACGUUUGUAAAAGAGGCCAACAUGGAAGAAAAGCUCUCCGACCCUCCACCCUCUGUCGUCUCCAGCCGUGCAAACUCCAGAGCUCACCGCACCAAACAUGUUCACAUUUCACCACAGCAAGAACCCACAAUUGACAGAGGAGGAAUAUCACUGGCAGCAGACAAUUGUCCGCUGCCCAGCAUGGCAGAGACCUCUGCCCCGACACUCCCCAAGAGCGACUCAGACAUAUUUCUGACCACGCCAGACGAGGAGGACGAUGACAAAAUUAUCAACACCGACACAGGACUGGAAGGGGACAGACUUGAGCACAGAACGCCGAAGAAAGACUUGCUAGAGAUAGACCGCUUCACCAUCUGUGGCAACCGGAUAGACUGAAUGCCAAAUGAAACAACCAGUCACCGUGUCCUGGUGAAACAGCGAGGUUCAGGGAUCAGACACGAGUCACGAAGCUCAGACCAGACUUAUUUUUGUGCACCUGGCCCCCUGGAGUAUUUAUUUAUUUAUUAAUGAAAAAAACCAGCCAAGGCGUAAAGCUGUUACUACAGGCAUCAGAGGCCGCUUCAGAUGUUUCCAUCUGGUCCAGUCGGUGCCUCGUGAGCCAGGUAGAGGGCGGGUCUUGGCUGUCAUGGCAGAUGCUGAUGACAAAGAUGGGGAAAACUGGCAUGCACAGCUGGAGCAGAGCACCAAGAGAGCAGCAAAUCUGUGUAUGUGACUUAGUACAACACAGGUCGCUGUGUGAUCAUAGAAACAUGACAGCUGGACUGUGCGAGUAUGUGUUCAAAAGCACAAUCAUAUGUACAGAGAAGCAGCGUUGUUUUUAGACUGAACAAAUCAAUUUUUUAAACUUUUUUUUUCAACAGCCUAAAAAUUUCAAAUAUUUGAAAUGAAAUUUUUACGAAAAAUCUCAGAUCUUUUUUCUAAAAUCGACCUGCAGGAUUAAAACUCACAAUGACAUUAACACAUAGUUGAAAUCUCAAAAUUGCUCUGCAAACACCAACACACAUUUACAGUUUAGAGUGGGUUACUACGAGGAGCCCAGGUGUCCACAGCUGCCAGACAGAGCAGCACUGAAACUAAGUGCAGUCUUGCAAUGGCUUUAUCUUUACGUUGUAGACUCAGAACAAAGUUUGGAGUUUUUAGUGUCAUGGAGUUUGUGUUGAUUUUGUUACUUCGAAGCACUGAGAUAAGACGGUGCCUGUUUGUAAAGACAAAAGUAUUUAUUUUGAAGUGGACUCUAAGCCAAACAUGUUUGGAAGAUAUUUUGUUUUUAAGUGAUUUUUUUUUUUUUUUUUAACUUUUUUUUUUUUCAAUAUGCUUCAUGUGUACGUUCAAGCAUGUAGCCCACAGAUAAUCACGUCUUGGUGUAACACCACUGUGUUCCUGUUCUCAUUUUAAGCUCAUGGUGCGUGACACUAGCAUACCAGCAUCAGUUUAACAUGCAAUUCUUUACCAUUAUCUGGACAGACAUGAAGAAUAAUUAGAAUUUAACAUAUGAAGGUAAAAUGUUCAAGGAUACCUGAAGGCUGAGACACAGUUGAAAGGGUGAAUUACCCCUAAAUAACAACAAACAAGAAGGAGGAUCAUAACAGCAGGCACAGGUGUGAACCCUGGAGGUUGCUGGCCUUGUUUGCUGUGUUUGGCUGCUGGCUUCAGUUACUGGAAGAAGCUCUUUGCAAAUGCUUGUGUACCCAACAUACUUAAGAUGCUGUGAAAGCUUGACGCACUGUUUGACAAAUUAAGUGGAUCAUAUAACUUUGGUCUGAUGUGCCAGGAGAAGCAUGUCUGGAGCCCCAAGUUUUGCCUCUGGUGCUUAUACCCUGUUUUGUUAGAUUUUCAGCCACAGUGCUCAAAACUGUUUUAACCCCUUCCCUCCAAAAAACAAUAAUUUUUGGAAAACCCAGAAAGUCUUUUCACAACACUUAUUGUUCUGAAGAUAUUUCCAGAAUCAUCAAAUACUCUUCUAAAGCUAAAUGGGGAAAAUAUUCUGUUUCAUCACAACAAUAGUUGGAACUCUAUUUUUUUUAACCCAAACAUAGUUUCUAGCCAAAAAUAGUGUCUCGCCUUGCUCCACAUUUGUAUUCGAUGAACCACGGUUUGUUUUUUAGAUAUACAGUAUAUGUUUAUAAUAUAUUACUUUAUAUUAUUUAAAGUUUUUAUACUAAAUCAUAUAUCCUUAUUUUUCUUGUGUCAUUUCAAAUCAGGAAAGAGAACAAUAAUUUCUAGGUAACUGGGAACAAAUCAGAGUGCCAACUUGGAAAAUAAUUUAAAUUGACAUUGCACAACAUAAGUUUUUAAUGACAGGCGUGUGGGAUUUAAAAACUUGACUGUGAUGCUAACAAAGAAUACCACACACUGUUAUUUGUACUCACCUUUCUUUUGACGCUUUGGUCUUUAUGUUUCAGUUGUCAGACCUUCUGGGUUUUUUAAAGAUUGCCGGGUAUUUAUUGUUCAGGGAAAAAAGAUCAUUUGAAACCUGCGCAAAUUGGCUUGACAUUUUUCAAAAUAUGGGUAAAAGGCAUCAAGCAACUUUAGAAGAAAUGGCCUAAAAAUUAGCAGAAAAAGUGCAAAAAAAGAAAAAAAUAUUU